AUGAGGACAAAAUCAGAGACUGUUGUGUCCACAUCUUUACUGAAACCGGCUUCAUCAGCGUCCUGGAUCCUCGCCAGGCAGACCGUGUUCCUCUCCGACAGAGUGCAGGACGAGGAGGCGACUGUGUUUACAGUUGAAGUUCUGAAUCCUGAUGACAGUCCUGCACAAGGUAUUACAGUGGUAGUCGACCCUGGCCAAGUCAUGGGCUUGACUGCUCCCAAUGGCAUGGCAAGGCUUACCAUCAACACAGACACACAGACUACAAAACUGACAGUCACCGCAAAGACCAGAGAUCCUCGUAUUACUAUACCUGAAAGACAAGCAUCAGCCUCCAUGGAUGCUGUCCCAUAUGAAUCCAGAAACAAAAACUACAUUCAUAUAGGUGUGGAUGCAGCUGAGCUCAAUUUAGGAGAAAACCUGAGAAUCAACCUCAACCUCAAGCAGCAAAGUCAAAACAAUGACAUCACAUACCUGAUCUUGAGCAGAGGUCAGCUGGUGAAAUAUAACCGUUACAGGAUGAGACAAGGCCAAGUACUGAUUUCCCUGUCAGUUCUCAUUACCAAAGAAAUGCUUGACCUUCAGACCAAACAAUCCUGCGAGGUUCAUACGACUAAAAUGCGUCUCGAUGGUUCCAGCUUCAACUAA